GACCUCUUGGGUGAUUUGUGUGCUUUCCGGCAAAUGAUGGAGACGCGUAAACCGGCGGGACUGCUGGCCUUGCCAUACUCGCUGCGCGCCGCGCCACUGGGCGUGCCGGGGACCCUGGCCGGACUCCAGCGGAGGGAACCCCUAAGGGUCGCCCUGCGUCUGGACGCCGCGUGCUGGGAGUGGGCGCGCAGCGGCUGCGCACGGAAACGGCAGUACCUGACCCUGCCACUGGACGGCGCGUUCGAGCCCGCCUGCCUCCGCAAGCGCAACGAGCGCGAGCGGCAGCGGGUGCGCUGCGUGAACGAGGGCUAUGCGCGCCUCCGAGACCACCUGCCCCGGGAGCUGGCUGACAAGCGCCUCAGCAAAGUGGAGACGCUCCGCGCCGCCAUCGGCUACAUCAAGCACCUGCAGGAGCUGCUGGAGCGCCAGGCCCGGAGUCCCGAGGGCGCGGCCGGCGCCGUCCCCCAGCGCAGGGCGGAAUGCAACAGCGACGGGGAGUCCAAGGCCUCCUCGGCGCCUUCGCCCAGCAGCGAGCCCGAGGAGGGGGGCAGCUAGCGAGCGCCCGGGCCGGCCAGGACCCCUGCGCCCGCCGCAUAGCGCGCAGCCGGGCGCUCAGCCUAAGGUCCUUUUCGAAAGUGGUUUGCGUUCUUAAGCUGAUUCUGAGCGCCUCAUUGUAAAUACGAUUAUUCUAAAAACUCAAAGGGCGAGAACAACUGGAAUUUCCCACCUUCUGUGGUGUGAGUAAAUUGUAUACAUAAAUAUUAAACCUUAACCAAAGAAGAACUUUACUGCCACCAAAACAGAAACAACCCCAAACAGCCAAAAACAGCCCUUAAAAAUGAGAGGAACAUUUUCUUGCAUUCUUUCCUUUGGAAAUUGUAUUCGAAAUGUAAUUGAAAACAAUUGUUGACCUCCUGCUUUGGGUGAAGGAGACUGUAAGCUGCUACUUGAGAACGAAUUUGCCAGCAUGUGCUGUUGACUGUGUGAACGAUGGUGCCAGGGAAGCCAUGGCUUGGUACACACUGUUUAAUCCAGUGGCCACGUGGAAGCUUCGUAGCAUUGAGCAGAUAGUAAAAUAUCUUAGAAUUAAUGAUCUCUUUGGAAGAGAGCCCAGGUUUGUAUGAAAACUUGUUUUUCCUCUCAAUUGUUUUGUUCACUGUUUUCUUCAUUUUCCUUUUCUCUGCAUUCCGCACCGCCCCCCCGCCCGCCGACCUAUAGCUCUCCAUCUAAGUUUUGGAUAAACUAAAGUGGCACUGUGACUUUAAAAAUAAAAAAGAUCUACUUGGAAGUCCUUUUUGAGGGUUGAGCCGGAUGGGGGAAAGAUGUGGGACAAAAGGGAUGGAUUGAAGUUGGUACAUUCUCAAAUAUUUUUUAUCACCA